GCAAAAGAGCGAAACCCGCUUCCGAUGAUGGCCAAAUCCCAAAUUUCUCGUUCGUGUGCUGAGUAAAUUGAAACGGGCUUCGAGGUUGUCUCAUCGGAGCAAUUGGCGGAGGUUGUGCCAUCCCGUCGGCGCCUACCGUCCUCGUCCCAGUCCUGCGACCGUCGCCGAGAUAAGUACCUCCCCUCCCUCCACUGCCUCGUCCAUCUCGUCUCAACCUGAAACCCUAGCAGCAGCUUUGAUUUGCUCUCUUCUUCCCUCUGCUUCCUCCGCCUUCCAAGACCAGAGCGUGGAGAUUUGUGAGCUCCGUAUCUUUCUUGUGCUUUUUCCUCUCUCCUAUGGCCCUACCCUGUAGUGUUUUUGCUUCCAAUUUUGCCUCCUAAUCUGCAGCUUAUUCGAUUUUUGCCUUGGCCUAAUUUGUAGCUUUUCGAUGUGGCUGACUGUAGACACCGCGAUGGCCUCAGGUGACCUGGGAGGGUAAGGGUUAGAUAGCAGCAGCUGGAUUGAAGCCUUUUGAGGUUCAUCUAGCGGUGCAGAAAAAAGGAUGAACCCUUACUGAAUCAGGAGAAGAGUUUCUGUCUUCUGUUUCCUAAAUCUUGGUGUGGUUGUCGUCUUGGCAUUGCAAAGGCUUGCCUAAGUUCAGAACCACCUGAGGGAUUUACUGGCUGAAGAGGAUGCACCCUUUUCCAGGCUGAAUUGGAAAAAUUGCGCCUCUUAUGUGAGAGGAUAAUUAAGAGAAAGGAUGUAGAUCAAGUUGGGGAAUCAAGUCACCACCAGAAUACUACACUGAUAGUGCCAACCUAACCUGCCAACGGAGUUAAUUUUUGGAACGGAGGAGGAACUACAGCAUUCAUGCUAACAUGGUGCUGCUGCCGUGCUGCGAGCUGCCGCUAGCUGAAUCACAUGUUGGUGGUUGAUGUGACACUGACGGUGUCGCCGAACCAAUGCAGAUCAGGUUGGGUUGUUGCAGUUACGACCCAACAGUAGCGUUGCUGAAUCAGAACGACGUCCUCAGGCAGGGUCGGAUAUCUGGAGAAAGUGAAUGCGUCCUUGUGUUUGCGCAGGGUUACACUCUAUGCUUGCACAAAUGCAACUCGUAUCUGCGUAUGCUUUGCACCGAGGAGCAGAGAGAGCAACUCGUAUCUGCGUAGGCUUGCACAAGUGCAGGAUGCACGCGCAUAGCGUACGGAUGCCACUGGUACCGUGGUACAGUUGUGCAAGUGUGUGGAUUGUGAAAUGUCCCUUCCGAAAAAAGCGAGAGGAAGAAAUGUGAGAUGUGGUGUCUACUAUUCUGCACAUCUAUCCCACUGGCAGUGGCAGGCACGCCAGCGGGGUCCCGUGCGCACGACCCUGUCCCCGUGCUACACUGCUACGCACAACGCACACGGGGCAGCGAGCGAGUCAUGCUCCUGCUGCGGCGCCUGGGCCUGGCCGGGGCCGGCCGGCGGCGGAGGCCCGCGGCGCGAGGCCUCGCCUCGGGGGCCCCGCGGGAGGCGGCGGACGCCGUGGUGGUGGGCGCGGGCGUCGUCGGCCUCGCGGUGGCGCGAGCGCUGGCGAUGGCUGGGCGCGAGGUGGUCGUGGUCGAGGCGGCGCCCAGCUUCGGCACCGGCACCAGCUCCCGCAACAGCGAGGUCAUCCACGCCGGCAUCUACUACCCGCCGCGCAGCCUCAAGGCUAGCCUUUGUGUAAGGGGAAAGGAAAUGCUCUACAAGUACUGUGCAGAACGAGGGGUUGCUCACAAACAACUCGGUAAACUCAUUGUUGCGACUGGUGCUGCAGAGACCGGAAAGUUGGACAUGCUCCUCAGGAAUGCUAAACAAAAUGGGGUCAAUGAUCUCCAGUUGAUGGAGGGUUCUCAAGCUAUGGAGAUGGAACCUGAGCUUCGAUGUCUUAAAGCUUUAUUAUCACCUAGUACUGGGAUAGUUGACUCUCAUUCAUUCAUGCUCUCCCUUUUGGGUGAUGCUGAAAACUUGGGAACCACCAUAUCCUAUAACACAGCAGUUAUCGGUGGGCAUGUUGGAUAUGAGGGCCUUGAACUCCAUAUUUGUGAAAGCAAAGAACUGCAAAACCAUCCUGGAGGGUCUCAUGCGUCCCCACAGCUUGUUUUGCUUCCAAAGCUUCUGAUAGACUCAGCAGGUUUGAGUGCAAUUCCGCUUGCCAAACGACUUUAUGGUCUGGACCAAGCAUUUGUGCCCAAUCCUCACUAUGCUCGUGGAUGUUACUUCACCCUCUCUCAAACAAAGAGUCCUUUCAGCCACUUGAUAUAUCCUCUACCAGAGGACGGUGGUAUAGGGGUCCAUGUCACAAUAGACUUGAAUGGCCUUGUUAGAUUUGGCCCAGAUGUUGAAUGGCUAGAUGGUGGAGAGGAUCCUGUGUCAUGUUUUCUGAAUAGGUUUGAUUACUCGGUGAACCCCACCCGAUGUUCUGUAUUUUACCCUGUGGUAAGGAAGUAUUUUCCAAAUCUGAAGGAUGGGUCUUUGGAACCUGGUUACUCUGGGAUCCGACCAAAACUUUCUGGGCCUGGACAACCUCCUUCAGAUUUUGUCAUUCAGGGGCAGGAUAUCCAUGGUAUUCCUGGGCUGGUUAACUUGUUUGGAAUAGAAUCCCCUGGUUUGACAUCAAGUUUGGCGAUUGCAGAACACAUUGUUUCAAGAUAUUCAUGAUGGGAGUCUCCUAAACAACACUUCAUUGUCGGAUGCUCCAUGUAUUGCAGAAGGAUGACCCUGGCAUAUCAGGAGUAGGGUUCACCAAAUAAAGUGUGUAUUGCAGAAGGAUGAACCUGGCAUAUCCAUAUCAGGAGUAGAGUUCAUCAAAUAAAGUGAUCUAGCAUUUUGAGCUGUUUUCUUUGGACCUUUUUUUUUUUAUUCUUGUUGCUAUGUAAAUGCUAGAAGUUGAAAUUCGUUGAGUUUCAAAGAAAAAUGAAUAUGAUCAGGAUUGAAGUAGUAUAUGGUACUUUUAGGGCUAUAUGGAACCUGGACGAGGAUUAUUCUUUUGGGGGAUUAUCAGAUUAGCUUGCAUGUCGUUCUAGAAUAACUUGAUAUCUAUGGCUUAGGCAGAUCUAGAAUAUUGAGUUGUGUAAAUUCUGUAAAAUUCUCGUGUUCUUUGAUAUACUUGGGAAUUACUUUUGGCU